AUGGAGCCCGAAGGAGCACGCGCUGUUCGUUCUUAUGAAGAUUUGGCAAGCAGGUUCUUUAAGAAGUAUUUCCAGCAUGAAGAAAGAGUUACUAUCAUUCAACUCAACAACACUUGCCAAAAACAUGGAGAGGAUCCCGUGGACUUUGUGCACAGGUUCCGGGACCUAGCGUUAGAUUGCUAUGAUGAGAAAGAUGAGGAGGCGCUUGUCGAAAUUUACAUUAGCAAUAUUGUGGCAGAUUAUGGAGUUUAUUUGGAGAAUAUUGGCAUCAAUUAA